AUUUUUGUUUUGUUACCUGAAAAAACAUCUUUAUCUUUUUGUGAACAAGUCGCCUUAAACUGAUAACAGCUUAUAUUUUUUUCUUUGUCAUUUGUCGCGUUAACGAAAUGGAGAAUAGAGAAUGCGUUUUUAACAAAGUCCAGUUGAUAAAAAAUUUAGGAAAAGCUGUUGAGACCUUUUUAAAUAGAAAUGAUUUGACUAUGAAAAUAAACGAAUCAUACAAUCUUAACAUUGUGUUUAAUAAGGAUGAAUUCAAGAUAGACAUUUCAGAAACUAAGUCCCAUCAAUCCACGAAAAACUUUCUCGAACAGGCCCAAAAAAAGAUAAACAGCUUAACGGAAGAAAUUGCUAAAUUGAAGAAUGACGCUUUGCAAAAAGAUAAGCAACUAAAAGAGAAGACUGCCGAACUGAAAUUCAAAGUUAAUUCAGAAAUUCCCAAGCCCAUUGCCGUGAGGAGUAUUAUUAUCGAUGAAACCCCUGAUAAUCUGGGUUGGACCGUCAUUCAGUGUAGAAAAACCGGGCACCUUGAUUUUAUUACGGAGAGCUACUUAUACAAUAAAGGAUUUGGUGACUCAUCUGAUGAGUACUGGAUCGGCUCAGAGGCACUACAUAAGAUUACGAAAGCCCAAAGACAUGAACUUUACAUCGCUUUUGAGGAUACAGCUGAAGGGAAAAAAUAUGCUCGGUACGACAACUUUUUAGUUGGCAGUUUGGACGAAAAGUACAGACUCAAGUCCCUCGGAAAUUACUCUGGAGACGCCGGCGAUGCAUUGCGAGACCAUGAAAACCAGAACUUUGAAUUCUAUAAUAAUUGUAAUGGUGUAUAUAAAUCAUUCUCGUGGUGGACUGCUUCCUGUUUUAAGUGUAAUUUGAAUGGCAAUUACGGGCUAAAGAAAACGAAUCUUAAACCAGAAGGAUUUUGGUGGGGUGCGCUAGAAUCGCUUAGGUAUUGUAAAAUGAGCAUUAGACCAAUUUAAAUUAACCGACUUUCUUUGAUUUCCUGAUAUCUUUUUAUCAAUAUUAUUAUUGUAAGACCAAAAAAACUAUCGAGCUAUAUGUAAAAUGUAUACGCAAUUAUGAAACAU